AACGCUUCUGGCUAAUCAACAAAACCACAGCAGGCUAGUAGAGAGCGACAAGGGCAGCUCCCUUUCUGCCCCCCACCUCUUCAGUCCGCUACAGCAAACAGCACACAUUCCGCACCAUGGCUGCCACGGACGUGGACGUGUUUUCGAAUGAAGAGAAGCGCAGCCUCAACCUGGGCGGUCAUGUUGGAUUCGACAGCCUGCCCGACCAACUGGUCAGCAAAUCGGUCACACAGGGUUUUUGUUUUAAUAUCCUCUGCGUAGGGGAGACGGGCAUUGGCAAGUCCACGCUAAUGAACACGCUGUUCAACACCAUGUUUGAGAACGAAGAGGCCAGCCACUACCAGAAUGGCGUCUACCUGCGCCCACGGACAUACGACCUGCAAGAGAGCAACGUCCACCUCAAGCUGACCAUCGUCGACACCGUCGGCUUCGGGGAUCAGAUCAACAAAGACGACAGUUACAAGCCCAUCGUCGACUACAUCGACACCCAGUUUGAAAACUACCUGCAGGAAGAACUCAAGAUCAAGCGCUCGCUCUUCAACUACCACGACACCAGAAUCCACAUCUGCCUGUACUUCAUCGCCCCCACUGGACACUCGCUCAAGUCCUUGGACCUGGUCACGAUGAAGAAACUGGACAGCAAGGUCAAUAUCAUCCCCAUCAUUGCCAAAGCAGAUACAAUCUCCAAGAGCGAGCUCCACAAAUUCAAAAUAAAGAUUAUGAGCGAGCUGGUGAGCAACGGCGUCCAAAUAUAUCAGUUCCCAACAGAUGAUGAAGCAGUCAGCGAGAUCAACUCCUCCAUGAAUGCCCAUCUGCCGUUCGCCGUAGUGGGGAGCGUGGAAGAAGUGAAAGUCGGCAACAAAACAGUGAGGGCCAGGCAGUACCCCUGGGGUGUCGUGCAAGUGGAGAAUGAGAGCCACUGCGACUUUGUCAAACUCAGAGAGAUGCUGAUCCGAGUCAACAUGGAGGAUCUGAGGGAGCAGACCCACGCACGACACUACGAGCUGUACCGCCGCUGUAAACUGGAGGAGAUGGGCUUCAAAGACACCGACCCAGACAGCCAGCCCUUCAGUCUUCAGGAGACUUAUGAGGCCAAGAGGAAAGAGUUCUUGGGAGACUUGCAGCGUAAAGAGGAAGAAAUGCGACAGAUGUUUGUCAAUAAAGUUAAGGAGACGGAAGCGGAGCUGAAGGAGAAAGAGAGAGAGCUGCACGACAAGUUUGAGCAGUUGAAGCGCAUGCACCAGGACGAGAAGAGGAAAGUGGAGGAGAAGCGGCGCGACUUGGAAGAGGAGAUGAACGCCUUCAACAGGAAGAAGGUGGCGGCCGAGACGCUUUCCCUAUCCCAGCCGCUCAAGAAAGACAAGGACAAGAAAAAUUAAUUUAUGGCCGCCGUUCCCCAUCCCACACAUGACCACGGAUUUAUCAUCCAUCACCACACAACAUCAACAACACGUGUUUUCUUUUGUGUUUUUGACAUUCCAUCUUGACAUUGUGCACAUGGACUGAUGAUGAUGAUGACGAUGCCACUCCAUGGUGAGAGAUAAUAUUCACUUUGACAACAAUGGCCAUCAUUUAUUCAUUCAGGAUCAUUCUUUUAUAAUUAUUAUUGUUAUGGACACUUUAUAUGAAUAUAUGUUUUUUUUUGUGUGUGUGUUUGUGUAUGUGAGAGAGAUGUUUCCAUCAACACACCAGCGAUUUAAACCCACUAAUGAACAGUCACCUUAAGGCUGUUUGGUACUGCCGUGUAACAGUUUAGAUUGUCCUUAUUGUUGUUGCUUUCUAUUGUCUUCAUAUUCAUUUGUUGUAUGUGAAUAUUAGAGCGUACUCCAUCUGACUAUGCAGUAGUAUUAUAAUGGAAGAAGUACAUAGUGGUGUAAUGGAAACUUUAUUAUAAACAGUAGAGGAAGCCAGUACACACACACACACACACACACACACACACAUUCAGGAAAAACCUAAAAAGCCUCAGCUUGCCAAAAAAUGAAGAGCAGCUGUGUUUACUGCCGUUGGAAAUAAACCGAAACCUCUCCCCCGCUUCCCCCCCCCAAACCCGCACACAUCCGUCCCACAGUGUUGUGUGUCUCUGCCGACACAGGUGAAGACUGUUUGUAGAUAUUUACAAACGGAGUGUGUGACGGAAAAGACUACAGUGUGUUGACAGUGCGGUCCUUUGUGGACAGUACGCAUCCCAAGACUUACAUCUAUACAACGUAUCAAACUGGUGCCAUGGAGAGCCGAGACGCUGCGCGUUUUUUUUUCCAGUAGGUGAUUGGAUUGAUGCACUGUGUUUAUUAUUAAUGUUAGCAGCUUUAGCGGCCGACUGGAAAUAAAAACCUGCCGUGUUUCGGCCCUCCAUGACACACGUUUGACACACAUGCUAUAUAAUCUGCUAAAAUAAGUCUUCAAUCUAAAAAUUCCACCUUUAAAAAUGUAAUACAUUUAAAAAAGCUCUUCUGUAUUAUUAUUAUUGUAGAAUUGUAGGACAGGUCAGAUCGGCCUAUGUACUAAAAAGGGACUAUUCUUUCCAUGUUGUUGGGAACUUAAAAAAAAAAAAAUACAAGAGUCUUGAGGUCAUUGCUUUAUUUCCGUGAUGUAGACUUGAACAAAGAUACAUACGUACAGUAGCUGCCUGCGGGAUGUGAGGAAGAACAUUGGUCUCUAGACUCAUAACCACUUCACAUUGUAAAGAAUGAACGAAUGAAUGAAACUGACAUCAGUAAGCAUAAUCAGGAAAGGUAUUUUUGUGUAUGGAAGUAAAAAAAAAAAAAAAGGACGAAUAACUGUAGCAAAAUAAAAUAGGAUGCUUCUAUCCGUGACUUGUUUCGCUGUUUCGAUGUUUAAAAACUAAAUGAAGAUUUACCAUAUUGACCUGAAUUAAAAAGAAAAAAAAAUUCUAAAAAGUCUUAUAUUUGGGUCAAUAUGGUAAUUCAAGAAAAUCACAUGCAGCAUUUAGUCGUAAAAAAUUAAAGCUUUUGUUGAAAAUAGUAAAAUAAAACUAAAAUAAUGAAAAUAAAAACUUUUUAAAAACAUAGGUCUUUAUCUGAAAAGUGCUACCGUGGCUCUGGGGAGGUAAAAAAACCCGAGCACCUCAAACAUAAAAAAAAAAUAAAAAUAAAGCCUUCCUCACCUGAAGAACACUCCAAGCUUAUACACAACAUAAACCGUUGAAUAAAGAAGGACAGCUGUGUUGAAACAAAGUAGUAAAUACGUAGUAAUUGAGAACUUAAAAUGGACCUCUCUUCAGUCAAUGUACUGCAUCAACAGAAAGACAGUAAAGGUGUCAAAAAAAUUGAUGGUUUCAUUUGAAACUACAAUGUGCAAAGUUACAUUUUUUUUUUUUUUUGGAAUUCAACCUGAACUGAGGUUCAUUUCUUAGCUAACGAGCUUCUAUCGCUUUUCACGGUGAACAUGAAACAAUAUCGCAGUUCAUUGUCUCACGUGAACGGAAUUACAAUAAUGCCGGGCUGGCGGCCCCAAAUGUGCUCCGAGUUAACUGGCGGGAUGCAAAGGCGGACAAGGCGAGGUGCUGUCGUGUGAAGAACUGACGUUAGCGCUUUCCACACCGAUUCCUUCAUUGUACAAACGCCUAAAAGCGUCGUAAUACUCAUCCGGGUCAGCGGGAUCAUCCGUGGUGCGCACCUUCCUGGUCCUACGGAUUCUUUCUCCUUCGUCCGCUUCCCCCUCGUGGAUGUAAGUGCUGUCAAAGAUGUAGAUGGCGUUGGCGGGCAGGGAGAACUCCAGGCUGUGGAGGUACUCGUCCACAGUCUCUUUGCAGCGGAUGAACUCAGCGCUGUCCACCUUGAAGAUUAGAAGUAAAUCCACGGGACAAAUAUUAACGUUCAUCUUAGUCUCACACUAAGUACUUUGAACCACAAACACCAACUCUGAGGAUGCAGAUCACCAUUGCAGGUAACGUAUGGGACCUUCAUAGAUAAAAAAUUGCCUGAAGUCGUUGGAAAGCCACGUUUCCACCAAGCACCACAGUUCAGUUUGGAACGGUAGACCCAGAUCUGACUGGUUUCCACAUGAAGCAUAAACCUUGCAUGGAUCUGUCAUCAGCGGCCCCUGUAGCGUGACUCCUUCAAAGGCAACUUUUCAGUUCCCGUGACACAAACAAGAAACAGAAGGAAAAGGGAGUCCCAUUUUCGGAACUUCAACCUUCAGGAGACCUAGCCUACACCAUCUAUAGCUGAUUCCCAACAACCUUUGACAACCUUUGUUAGAAAGGAGGCUGCGCGGCGGUCGAGUGGUUAGCGCGCAGACCUCACAGGUAGUAGACCCGAGUUGAAUCCCACCUUCGGCCAUCUCUGUGUGGAGUUUGCAUGUUCUCCCCGUGCAUGCAAGGGUUUUCUCCGGGUACUCCGGUUUCCUCCCACAUUCCAAAAACAUGCUAGGUUAAUUAGCGACUCCAAAUUGUCCAUAGUUAUGAAUGUGAGUGUGAAUGGUUGUUGGUAAAGUGACUAUGGGGGUGUUGUUUCAAAUUUAGAGGGCUUGAAAUGUAUUUGUAAGCCGGUUUUCUCCAUUUUUUAGUCAGGAACGGAUAUUUUCCUGAAACUUAGCUAUGUUAUUUUGCUGAUUACUAAACCUUCUUUUUUUCCCUCCCACAUUCCAAAAACAUGCUAGGUUAAUUGGCGACUCCAAAUUGUCCAUAGGUAUGAAUGUGAAUGGUUGUUUGUCUAUAUGUGCCCUGUGAUUGGCUGGCUGGCGACCAGUCCAGGGAUUACCCCGCCUCUUGCCCCGAAGACAGCUGGGAUAGGCUCCAGCACCACUUGCGACCCUCGUGAGGAUAAGCGGUAGAAAAUGAAUGAGUGAAUGAAAGGACAGUAUCACCUUUUCUAGAUUCCCAACCCUACCCUUUUUCUGAGUACUCCAAACAAAACAAAAGUCCCAAUUUCAGUGUUAAAUGGAACGCUGUACGGUUCUAGAGUUUUCUGAUUGCAUAAUCUCGCCCUUACCCUUAGACAGUGAGGUCAAGCCAACCCUUGUUCAAAAAUGGGGAUUUUUCCUGCUCACAUAUUCCAAGCUUUGCCGUUCAAAAAGUCUUGGAUCCUCCCAUUAGAAACCAAGGAGCAUUCGGUGACUGAAACCUUCAGAACCCUAAGUUAUCUACAGAGGUGUCAUCUUCAAAGGCACCUCACACAACUUGGUUAACAGGAUUUCCUGGUCCCAUAGCCCAACCUUACCCUUGGGAUGAGUGAGGUCUGACGUUACCAACCCAGAAGGGAGUACCGCUUUAGGGACUAUGCCGUUCUGAAGGAUACUACAUGGUCUAAAAGGAGGCGUCACAUUUACAGGAACCCCUAAAAACCACGUAAACGGGAAGACAAUGUGGCUGUGUUCUAUAGUAAGUCAAAGCUACCAAGAAGGAUUGGGAAAUCGGGGACUCCAACCUUUUGGAAGAUCUAAUCUACAAACUGUGCACCAGCAAAGUGGAGACUCUGAAGGUCGUUUUGGUGCCCUUGACAAUAAAACCGCUCACUAAACCGACGUGUUGUGCUUGGUAGAAACGGGGCUGAAGGCUGCCUCGUUGGCGGUUUCCUUACUUGGGCUUUCUUCAGCAGGUCGGUAAAGACGGAGAACCAGUCGGGCGUGAGCGCCUCCAGCUCCAAGGUGAUGAUGGCCAAGGCCAACGUGGAGCCCUUGAACUGCCAGAGCUGGUGGCAGGCCAUACAGUGCUGCACCUGCCUGGUCC